AACAUUCAAAAUGACAAGAAAUAGUCGUAAACUGGAAGUUAUUAUGUUAAGCUUUUUGGUGCUCCUACCAUUCAUAUUAAUGUUGAUUUUAGGAUUCGCUCUAUUCACAUUCCCAGGAGCAAACGUUAAAGACGAAGUUUGUAAUUUAUGGGAGGAUGAAGACGACGAAAAAGAAAAUUAUCGACGGGUUGAACCAUACUGUGACGAUUCGAAUAUCAUGGCAUUGGUACAGAAAAUUUAUCCUGAUGAUGACAGUUUUAAUGUGAGAUUUAGGUGUACUGGUUUAAUCAUUGGAAUGAGAAUUGGAGCGUUUUUAGUGGAUUGUUUUCGAAAUGAGUACGAUAAGGUUCCAAUUAAGUCUUUACAUUAUGUAACUAGUGGAUCUAGGUACUGGUCAAAAGAUAGAAAUAUUCAUAGAAUAAUCAAAUGGAGAAUACUUAAUCCUAGGGGAGAUGCAGCUACUAAUUCCUCAUUGAUUAUCAUCGAAGUUGAUCCAGAGUUUCCUCAACCGUGUGAUGAGAAACAGGACACAUUUUUUGUUGAAGAAAGGUACGAUCCAAAGGUCGAACACAAGUUAAUUGGUUGGUCAGCUGCAUCUAAAACCGCACACGUGGAAUUCAUGCAGGUUCCUUUCAACGGAGCAUGUACAGAAUAUGCACCUUCGGCGGUAGUUUUUUCACAAUAUGGUAGCACGUCUGGUUUUCAGUCGACGACUUGUACGGAAAGAAGUGCUUUCGACGAUACUUUAGUACCAUUGUCAAUGUUCAUCGAGAAGCUCGCUACCGAGUUUGCAAAUAUAGAUAUAACAAGAAUUGAGAGAAGUAAAAGAAAUGUUAACGGAACAAAGUUUCAGAUGAAUACAAAUUAUACAUCGGAUUGUCCAAUGGUGUUCGGAGAUUGAAGAUGAAUAUUUUGCAAUAUUUAAACAUCGGAACUAAAAUUCCAUUAUCGGCUCAAAACUAUUUAUUUAAAUUUUCUCUAUUUGUACUUUUUUUUUUAGAAUUUGUAUAUAAUUUCAAUAAAAAGCUGUUAUGUUACAUUUUA